GCGGCCAUCGAACCGAACCAGAGCCAGAGCCUUGCAUAGACCCCUGGACGUCGUCCCCGUCCCCGUCCCCGUCACUUCCAUUCUUAACCUUUCCGCACAAUGGCCAGAGGAGAAUCGCCCGCCGACGACUCGCCGCUUUCAUCAAUGGAUACCUCGGAAGACGAAUACCCAGAUGACGCCCCGGAGCUCAUGGACGAGGAGCCCCCAGCCAAACGCCAAAAGGUCGGCGCCGGGUCAACAACGUCGUCAGCCGUUGUCCACGAGCCUGAUGCAGACCCCGACCCGCUCGAGGGCAUGUCCGACGUGUCCGACGACACCGACGGCGACAUCCCAAGCUCGCCCGUCAAUGCACGCCAGGACGAAGAUGACUUCCAAGAGCAAGUCACGACGUGCGCCUGGGAGGGAUGCAGGGCCGGCGACAUGCGAAACAUGGACAAGCUGGUCGAGCACAUCCACAACGACCACAUCGAGGGCCGCCAAAAGAAGUAUACGUGCGAAUGGAUUGGCUGCACAAGGAAGAGCAUGCCGCACGCGAGCGGCUAUGCGCUCAAGGCGCACAUGAGGAGUCACACGAGAGAGAAGCCCUUCUACUGCUAUCUACCUGAAUGCGACCGCGCUUUCACGCGCUCAGACGCCCUCGCCAAGCAUAUGCGCACGGUACACGAGACGGAGGCUCUGCGGCCUUCAGACCCCGUCCCUAAAAGCAUGCAGGCUGGCACCGUGGGCAAGUCCUCGAAGCUCAAAAUCAUCCUCAAGACGCCGCAGUCACAUGCGGCCGGGCACGACGACUCAGUAGACGACGGUGGCAACGGGGACGAGUCGGGCGGCGACAUCUUUACCCCACUCACCGAGGAGCAAGGCUUCUCGUCCAACGAGAUCUCCAUGUCGAUUGAGCGGCUAGCGAAGCUCUGCCGGCUGCAGUUCAAGUGGGCCGAGGAUGAGGGAGAGCUGCUGCGCGACGAGUGCAAGCGGUGGGAGGCGCUGUACAAGCAGGAGUGGCUGGAGAAGGAGGUCCUCCUCGACCAGGUGGUGCAGAGCGAGCAGGCCUGGCACGUCCGGCGCAAGGCCAUCCUCGCAGGCGUCGCCGAUGUCCAGGUCGUGCCCAACAACACGGCUCCGACUACGCCCUCGGCCGUGGCAGUGGCCGCGAACGGGGACCGAAACGAAGCUCGGGUUGCUGGUGACUAGGUGCCCUACAACCCCAAGCUACCGUUUCGGCCCUUCCGGCUAACGAGACGUUACCAGGUCCCUGCUGCCGCGGGCCAACUGCACCAAGCUCGCCGGUCGCUACGCUCGGCCGAGGAAGGACGGAUUAUAGGCAUCGACGACUCUCGUUUCGCUGCAAUGCGUAACCACGUGUGCCCCGAAGUCAGCAGAACUGGUUAUUGAGCCGCCUUUUUGUUGGGGCUCUACGAUAUUGAUGACGGAGAUACGGAGUAAACGGAUUAAAAGGGAGGGCACGG